AUGGCAUCGACGUCAGCGCCACGGCGGUCCGCCAGAGCCCUCCGUCCUCCUCCAUGUCUGGCCGACAGCGCGAUGGCAUCGACGUCGGCGCGACGCCGGACCGCCAGAGCCCGCCGUUCUCUCCCACAGCCGGCCGACCGCGCGGCGGCGUCGACGUCGGCGCGAGCGCGGCGGCGGUCCGCCAGAGGCCCGGCGGCGCAGCCCGUCCUCCCGGACGAGAUCUGGGAGGAGAUCUUCCUGCGCCUCGACGCCGCGGCCGACCUCGCCCGCGCCUCCGCCGCCUGCUCCUCCUUCCGCCGCAUCGUCUCCGAGCCCCGGUUCCUCCGCCGCUUCCGGUCCCUCCGCUCCCCAGCAGUCCUCGGGUUCAUCACUUCUAGCAUAUACCGACGAUUCUUCCCCGUCGGGCCGCCCCACCGCUCCGCCCCGGAAGCCCGCGCGCUCGAGCAAGCCGCCGACUUCACCUUCUCCUUCGUCCCCGACCCCAUCUCGUGGCGCUUUCUCCACGCCCGCGAUGGCCGGGUCCUCCUCCCCCGUCACAUCUCCAUCAAAAUCCGAUUCGAGGAUUUCGUAGUCUGCGACCCCCUGCAUCGCCGACGCGCGGCAUGUGUUCCCGUUCUGGCUCCAGCUGGCGAGAAUGACGGGGAGGAAUCGUUCAGAGUUAUCUGCACUGUGCUUUUCAAAGACAAGGUCAUGGCUUUCGUCUUCUCUUCCUGCAACCAGACGUGGCGAGGUAUUAUUACCACGAUCUGUUUGCCUGAUGGAGAUAUUGAAUACAUGACCGACCAUGCGUACGGCUGCCUCUACUGGAUGGUUGGUUUGAUGGGCUAUUCGCUAAUGCUCGAUACAAGUGAGAUGAGAUUCUCCAUCAUUGACCUCCCGCCCCACAAUUUUGAUUCAGAAAAUAUGCGUGCCAUUGUCGAGGCAGCGGAUGGCAGACUCGGGUUCUUAACUAUUGGCGAUGGCACAAUUGACCUGUAUUGCAAGAAUUGGCAAAGCAACUGUGUUGGCGCACAAGAGUGGCUGCAUGACAAGCUAAUUCCAUUGCCCAAGGACUUUGGGAUCACCUAUCAUUGGGAGACUGAGGGCACAGCAGGACAUUACUUAGCUCUAGUAGCUGAGUCGUCGCGAAAAAUUGAACAUUUUGUACUGGACAUCAAGACAUUGCUUGUUGAGAAUCUCUGCACCUCGAAAAAUGGCGCGUUCUUUGGUUUUCCUUAUGCAAGAUUUCCACCACCGUUGGCACUGCCAAGCAUAUGA